UCGUGUGCCUUCUCAACCAUAGUAAACUGGCCACCACCAACGCUGAUCUUAAAGCAAACGCCAGUCCAAAAGUGAAAAUAACUGAAAGAAAUUGUAAAGACUAAGGAGAAUCGAAAAAUAAUAGCCAAAGUGUCGAACCCGCGAUCGGGUGUGAGAAUUCUGCUGCAGUGAGCUGUAUCUGGGGCGCGGAAAUCGGAGUGGAAUCUGCUGCAUUGGAGUGGGGAAAAGAACACGACCCCAUACCAUCUCCGCCUCUGCCGGCGCUUGUUUUGCCAAUUUAACUCAACGGAGGCCGUUGGAAAUGCCCCAAGAUGUCCAGUAAGGAGCAGCUAGUCGCCGGCCGCGAUUUCAAGCGAAACUCAAACGCCUACGCCAGUCUGCCGGCCACAGGCUCGUUGUCCGGAACUCCUGGAAAACCGCGCAGCCGACAACAGCAGCUAGAAUCAGCAGCCGAACAGUAUGGGCUCUCCCGCAGCUUGUCCAGCGAGUCCCUCCGGCAGGCCUGCACCUACUACGAGGACGACCUGAGUGACGAGGACCUCAUCGAGAUCCGACAGACCCCGCAGAGCUUCCACCAUCCGCUGGCGAAGGCCGAUCUGGAAGUGCAACCAAUAGGCUUUAGGAUGGGCGAUGGCCGGGGAGAUACGGACGAGACCAGUGCCUUCUGCGGCAGCCAGGAGAUGCAGCCGGUUUCACUCAGCACGCCCGUCAAGCAGGGGGCGGAAACGGACGAAGCUCUCUGCGUGCUUAGCGAACUGGACGCCAUCCUAGAUGGGCACGACGCCUCCCAACUGUUCGGUACCGGUUCGUCCUCCGGCAGCGACGACGACAAGGUGGAGGACUACCUCAUGGAUCUCGACAAUUAUCUGGAAGAAAUGGAUAAUGCCCUGAGCCGCGAGGAGUCGCUCAUAAUCAUGGACAGGAACUGCGUCAAAACGGAGUCCAGAACGAGGACGCUACCCUUGAGCAUGAAGCAGAAAUCGAAUAUGAAGCGCGGGGCUACUUUAGAAGCAACAUCGCACGAGGAUUGCCAAAAGGAUCCCCACCUAAAGAAAUUCUAUAGCUGUUCUCUAAGGGGCUCGAGUCAACCAGCUUCUUCCAGUUCACCCUUGGAGCCAGCCUCUGAGCCCAUGAGGGACAUAUGGCGACGCCAGUCCAUGCGACGCGCCAUUGAGCAGGAGGAGGAGGCCACCAAGUCCUCGAUCAGCGAGGCAACGGGGGACAACCUGCCCACCUUACUGGUGGAGCUGCCGCUGCGGCGGGAAGAAGCCGAAAUGCGACGCUGCUACUCCCAGAGCGACUGUCAGGGAGCGCCAGCCCCAAUGCCCAAUGGCUCGCAGAUGCUGACGGAUGCACACAUCUUUGACAACCUGCUGCAGGUGACGACGGCCCGAGCCUCCAGCGAGGAAGCGCGUCCCCGCCAAUACGGCCGGCGCCUGGAGGGUCCACCCACGCCGGUCCGUUCCUUGGUCAUUGGUCAGAAUCGACCGCAGAGUGCCCCGAAUCGAGUCCAGACAAGGGAGCGGCCGCCCCCAUUGCAGGAGACUCCAACACACGCCUGUUCGGAAAUCAGCUCUGCGAGGUCCUCGCGCAUGCACAGCCCCGUUUCGCUUCCCUCGGACAGCAGCAGCAGUAGCAGCUCUGCAGACCAAGAUCAGGAACAAGACGAUCCGGUGCAGACCACGACCAUAUGUAGCGCCACCAGCACCACGCCACUGGAGCCAAUGCAGCACCCCCUCCAGCUGCACGUGCGCGAAAAGUUCGGCUUCAACAGCCAGUGGCCGCAUGCCGGAAGUCGGACCAUGGCGCUGAUUGGGUGCACGUUGGGGGUCUUUAAUCUCUGUCGCUUUGCCGUUCUGACCAUUAACUUUGGUGGCAACUUCUUGCUGCAGUUCCUAUUGCUGUCGGUUGUCUUUGGCAUCCCGAUCCUCUGGCUGCAAAUGUGCUUGGGUGCGAAGAUUCGAGCAGGACCCGUCUCCAUGUGGAAAAUAAGUCCAAUUUGCGCCGGCGUUGGCAUUGCCCUGGUGAUGGUUCAGUGCUUCCUGGCCUUGUACUCGACAGUGUCGUUGGCUUGGAUCCUGGUCUACUUGCGCGACGUUUUCCCAACAGCUUCUCGCUCUAACUACCGCUGGCAGGAGCUGGCCUUUCCUUAUCGCUACGAUGCGUCGAAUUUCACGGGUAAUCUCACUCAGACUGUCGCCGAAUACUUCAAUGUGGUGGUGCUGCAGCGGCUCCAUUUGACCAAGCAUCCGGAUGCGAGUGGCGUGCGAUUCCAUGUUAACGAUCGGCAGCUAGCCUUCUACUUGGCUCUGAUCUGGACAGCCGUGUUUCUCAUACUCUGCAAGGGGUUGAAGUCCUUCGGCAAGCUCUCCUACCUUAUCUACAGUCUGCCGUUGGUGACCCUUGCCGUGGUGACUGCAAAGUUUGCCUACGUCGUGGAUCCCAGGAGUCUGCAGAACGUCUUCGCUGCCAGCAACUUUGAUGACUUUGUGGUAAACUCCAACAGCUGGGCAGCGGCCACCCAGGAGACCUUUCUCACGUGGGGAUUGCUGGGAGCCUCGGUCAUAGCCAUCACCAGCAGAAGUCAUGCCAGUGCCGGCAAAGGGGCUUUGAGGAGAGACGCUAUAUUCCUUGUUCUCAUUUCUUUUCUGGGUCUGGGACUGGUGGCUAUGCUGGCCUUGUGCUGCGUCCAGAUUCUCUGGCAGCAUGGAUACGUCUAUGUGCCUGGGUCUUUCGAAAACGCCGAUUGCUACACGUCCAUUUACUCCCUGCAGGCGCACACCAACCCCAACCUGCUCUCCUACCCCCCUGCACUGAUGCCGCACUAUUCCUCCUUCAUUGGCGAGACCUACCGCAGGAACCUUACUGUGAUCCACGUGGAGAGUGGCUUCCAGGCCCUGCGCUUCAUAUCUGAGCUGUUUCCGGCCGUGCUCUCUCUGGCAAGCGAUAGUGUCUCAUGGGUUUGGGCCGCCGUGUCCUUCAGUUGCUUUGCAGGAUUCGGGCUGGCGCAGCUGUGUGUGAUGUGGAAGCCGAUUUCGAGUGCUCUGGGCAACUCGACCAGUUCCGUGCUACUAAGCUGCGUGACUGGCCUUCUCCUAAGUAUUCCCUUUGCCACUGAAAUGGGAAUUUCCAUUUUAUACUACGUGGACUUUCUGCUGGGCGGCUCGUGGUUCAUCCCUAUCAUCUGGACAGCACAGAUCUUUGGCGUAUUCCUGAUUCGAGGGCGUCCCUAUAACGGCGACGAUCUGGUCAACGAUCUGAGACUGUGCGGCUCGAUGUCAGCUUUUCUGGCUUUGUCCUGGAACGUUCUACUGCCCAUUGGCCUGAUUACGCUCUCUGUAAUUGAUUACAAGGCCUCGCUCUCCAACCAAUUCUAUUACUGGCGUGGGAAAUCCUACUUCUCCUACUGGUCGCGAAAGAUGGGAAGCCUCAUCCAGAUCGGAGUGCUUCUUAUCAUUCCUGUGACUGCUAUUAUUCAAAUCUACCGAUACCUGAGCAAAGGACCCCCGGAUAUACUAGAGCGUAUUCAGCUUUUGUACCGGCCCCCGGAAGAGGGCGAAGAGUCUCGACGCCCUUCAGCCCGUCAAGGCGACCUUCAGGGCCGUCGGAACGCUAUGGGCCAGACAGCCGAGAGGGCGCAGCAUGACGCUCAACACGAUGCUCCUCCCAAGUACACCCCACCUCCGUCCUACACUACAGCCACUGGAGCGAGACUGGCCAAACUUCUACGGCAGAGCAUACGGCGCAGCGUGCGCAGGGUGCUUGGCGACUCCAGUCGCACUCGUCCUGUCCUGUCCAUUGAUGCAGAAUCCGCAUCUCCCGUGUCGCCGCCGGACUACCUGACCAUACUAACCAAUCCGGCGGGCAGCACAUCGAAUGCGGACGCUUCUACGGCGUCUAGUAGUAGCCCCGUGUCUAUAGAAAUCGGAUUGCGGCCGGCUAGUUACGCACAGCGCUCGCAGUCGCUUGGGAGAAAGCUCCAUCGCUCGGACACAUUGACCGUAGAGCGCCGUCCCUACACGGCAGAAGAUGUGGUGACCAUUUUGCGUUCUUCGGUGCGACAUCGCCAGUCCUCCAGAGCCGCGGGGGAAACCGCCAGCACCUUGCCACGUCCUCCAACAGCAGCCUCCAUGUCCAUCCAUAUGGAAGACGUUUCAUUCCGCUCCAUCGAAAACCUCGUACUGAAUGCCGAACCACUGGAUAGGACCCCCGGCGUGGAACUGGAUCUGGAACAAGAGGCUGGGCAGGCGGACGAGUGUGCGCAAAAUAAUACAUCUGUGAUUUAACUGACUAAUAUCGUAGCGUAACUCUCUUGCGAAUUGCAUAUCCACUUGCUUUUUUAGACUUGAUUAGCCAUAGGUAUAAACAGAAUUUUAGCAAUACUUUUUAUUUACGCGAAUAAUAACGAAUAAUUAGUUGGUAUGGUCCGAAGACAUACUUUUUUAUCCAAA